AUGCCGACGCACCCAAUAUACGCGCUCGAUCUUCGCAAUCAUGGAACAUCACCACAUGCCACUCCAAUGACAUAUGAAGCUAUGGCUGGCGAUGUGCAUGCGUUCAUUCAAGAGCGAGGAAUGAAGGACGUUUCAUUACUUGGACAUUCUAUGGGCGGAAAAGUCGCCAUGUCUUAUGCUCUUUCCCUUGAAAAGUGGAAUGUGUCACCAGGAACGCUAGGAAAACUUAUCAUCGCGGAUAUUGCCCCGUCAAUAGGCAACCUUUCUCCAGAAUUCAUUCGUUACAUCGGUGCAAUGCAGAAGAUUGAAGCGCUUCCUUUUGGCAAGAUCAAAACACGAACGGAUGCCGAUCACAUACUUCAAGCAUACGAAUCAGACGUGUCUGUUCGUCAAUUCCUACUCACAAAUCUUCGACUGCCACAUGCACAUGAGCCGUCGAAAGCCAAAUUCAUUGUCCCUUUGUCCAUACUUUCAAAAUCUAUGGAAGCCUUGGGUUCAUUUCCUUACGAAUUUAAUGCGGCAGAUAACAUAGUCCCGGUAACCUUUGAUGGCCCAACGCUUGCUAUCAAGGGCACCAAGAGCCCGUAUAUAAACCAUAAAAAUAUUCCGGCUUUGAGAGCAUUUUUCCCUAAUGUACAACUGGAAGAGCUCGAUGCUAAUCAUUGGGUGCAUGCCGAAAAACCUCAUGAAUUCAAGAAAUUGGUCGUCGAUUUUUUAAACGAUAACUAG